AUGAUUUCUUCUUUCUACCAUGUACGGAGGCAGAGUUUACCUCUCUGCUUCCUCUCCUUCCUUCUUCUACUUCUUCUUGCCUCUGCUAAUUCAAUAUCUUUCCGGAAAACAAGGUUUGAACCAACUGACACUAGCUUGAUCUAUGAAGGUGGUGCGGCUCCUUCCGUUGGAGCCAUUGAACUUAACAGUGAUACUUACCAAUGUCAAGUUGGUCGAGCAACUUAUGAAGAGAAGGUCAAAAUCUGGGAUUCCAAGACACAAAAGCUCUCAGACUUCACCACCCGUUUCACUUCUACUGUAGACAUCCAGCGCCGUCUUUUUUAUACUUCUGGGUUCACUUUCUUCCUUGCUCCAGUGGGAUUUCAAGUACCAAUGAAUUCAGCUGGUGGUUUUCUUGGCUUAUAUAAUAUCACAACCAUGAACUCUACAAACCAAGUACUUCACGUUGAAUUUGACACAAAUUCAGAUCCGCAAUGGGAUCCUCUGUUUGAGCAUGUUGGUAUUAACAUCAAUUCACUUUCUUCAUCUACAUAUACCCGUUGGAAUGUUACUUUGCACACCGGAGAUAAUGCUGAUGUCUGGAUUAAUUAUAAUGGUAGCACCAAGAAUCUGAGUGUGUCUUGGAAAUAUGCUCUUACCGAUACUUCUCAAGAGACUACCAGUCUUUCCUUCAUUGUCGAUCUCAGGGAGGUUCUUCCUGAGUGGGUCACAAUUGGCUUUUCAGCUGCUACAAGAGAUUAUGUAGAACGCCACGCAAUUCUGUCGUGGGAGUUCAGUUCAAGCUUGGAGACAGAUGAAACAGACCAGGAAAACGCUAGAAAGAUUAAACUGGUAAUACUUGUAGUCUUAGCAGCUUGUGUCCUGAUAGGUGCGGUGAUUAUAGCAUUUGGUGUUCGGUGGACAAAGAAGAUGAUGGGGGGAAUAAUAGAGACAAUUAACUUGAUGUCAAUUAACGAUGACCUCGAAAGGGGAAGAGGUCUGCAAAGAUUUUCUUAUAAUAAGCUUGCUUCAGCCACCAGCAAUUUCUCAAGUGAUACCGCGUUGGUUGAAGGAGGGUUUCUUUCUGUUCACAAGGGGCACCUAACUCAUUUACAUAUGUCGGUUGCUGUGACGAAAUAUAUUUGGGGUUCAAAACUGACGAAAAAGGAGUACAUAACAGGGAUGAAAAUCAUAAGCCGGUUGAGGCAUCGAAAUCUGUUACAACUCAUAGGUUGGUGCCAUGAAGAGGGGAAAUUCCUGCUUGUCUAUGAGUUUCUGCCAAAUGGUAGUCUUGAUUCUCACCUUUUUGGGAAUAGGACUCGUCUCACUUGUGAUGUGAGAUACAGAAUAACUCUUGGAUUGGCCUUUGCUUUGGUCUACCUUCAUGAAGGGUUGGAACAAUGUGUGGUGCACAGUGAUGUGAAAUCAAGCAAUAUAAUGCUAGAUUCAAAUUUUAAUGCCAAGCUUUGUGACUUUGGAUUAGCUCGACUCAUGAACCAUGAGCUUGUUCCACAAAAUACUGGGUUGUAUGGAGCUCAAGGGUACAUGGCUCCGGAAUAUAUAAGCACGGGUGAGGCUAGUAAAGAAUCAGAUGUAUAUGGGUUUGGGGUGGUUGCCUUGGAGAUUGCGACUGGAAGAAGAGCAUUUGAUCCUUUGGAGCAAAAUUCAGGAAAGAAAUUGGUAGAGUGGAUUUGGGAUCUUUAUGGAAGCGGCAAACUGAGCGUAGCCAUUGGUGAAAGAUUUCAUCAGGACUUUGAUGAGAAAGAAGAAGAGUGUUUAAUGGUGAUUGGACUAUGGUGUGCCUUUCCUGAUUAUAAUCUGAGGCUCACAAUAAGGCAAGCAGUGCAUGUUCUUAAUUUUAUAGUUGAAUUGCCAAAUCUUCCGACAAAAUUGCCAGUUCCUAUGUAUCAUGUGCCCCCGCCAUCAGUUAGCUUUGGUGAACCUUUGAUAUCGUAUUCAAGCAUCGGGGUUAUUGCUAAAACAGAGCAGCAAAUUGGCGUAGUUUUUGGGGAAUGA